CACCCAUCUAUCCUGAGAGCUAGCUGAGCUCUGCUGCCACCGACGUGAGCGAAAAAUCAUCUUGGAUUUCGAUCGAGCAAGGUGAUACCUGUCAGCUCAGUGUGAGAUCAGCGACAUUUGUGGGCCGGGAGCGGAGUAUUGGUCUAAUCUGCAGGCGAUGGGUUAGAUAUAUAUAUCCGGCUGCCAUGUUUUUCAUCCUCAAUCUCUUGAUAUCUUCAUCUAGGGCUGGAUGUAUUUCUUUCUUGGAUUAUUUUCUUCCUCCUGUCAUCCUCGACUAGAAGAUCUAGCUAAAGUGUCAGAUCAACAACAUUUGUAGUGUGGGUGUCAUGGUUUCCUUUUGCUGCUGGUAGCAGUACUAUUUACUUUCUUUGGAGAACAAUCAAAAUGGAUCUUCCAAUAGAACUGGAGGUACAUGACUUUGAUGACGCCCCGAGAAAGCUGUUGGAUCUUAUGCUGCGCUUAGAGUCAAAUAAAGGAGCUAAGUCAUUCUUCUUUGGUGGCUGGCUCGGCUGUGGUGUUGGAGCCUCUGCUGUUCUCAGAGCGACAUCUGAACUCCUGAGAUCUGAAAGAAGUGAUCCUGACAUGAGAGACCAUUUUGACAAAAUUAUCCAUGUAGACUGCUCUGUGUGGAAAAAUAGGAGAGCUAUGCAGAGGGCAAUCGCGGAGGAGUUAAACCUUCACCGUUUGAUGCACGUGUUUAAUAAGCAGGAUGAGGAUGAUGAUUUUAGAGGUAUAGACGUGAGGUCUAGAGUGGAGAUACCAAGUAUCGGAAGAGAGAUCAAUGUGUCUCUGAGAAAUGAAAGAUUCCUGCUGAUUUUUCACUGUGGGGGAGAAGAAGAUAUUGAUUUGACAGAGUGUGGCAUUCCUAAUCCUGAUUUUGGAACCUAUGCUUUAGGAUUACUUUUAUGGACCAGUUAUGGAAGAUUUCAGCUCUCGGAGAGAAAGGAGAGGGUAAACUCAAGUCCUUCUUAUUUUAAAACGAUUUAUUUAUGUCCCAAUGAGGAUGACCACUCGGAGCAGCUAUUGUAUCAUUCAUUGCAUGAAGAAGCUACCGAAGUGAUUGGUUAUACUGGCAUGGAUGAUAUCAAACCAUCAAUAGUCUUGGAUUGUUUCUUGUAUUCACUAUUCCUCACAGGGCUACUAUAUAAAAAACCUAUCAGUGUUGACUAUGAUUGGGAUACACAUGCUUGCAACUACUGGAUAUGUGAUGACAUCCUUCAAGGGGAAAAAUCAUGUGAGGUCGGCAAUGCAUUGUAUGGAGUGAUACAAUUGUUGUGCAAUCCAUCCAAGAAAACAAAAAGAUUGGCAGAACAUUUUGGUCGACGAAGAGAACUAUUUAACCGUUGGAUUUCAAUCUCUUCCAACCAACUAGGAGAACAAGAUAUCUCAGUUGUUCCUGUCAAUGCAUCAUCAUAUUUUGUAACAUUUGGGGGAGAUAAUCAACUACAAAUACCAAAUGGUCUGUUUCAACUAGCCAACAACCUCCGCGUGCUAAAAUUGUGCAAUUGCAGCUUUAACUUUCCAUCCCCUCCUUUCAGAUGCUGCCACAACCUAAAAUUUCUUUGGCUUGAACAUUGCACAAAUAUUGGGGAGGAGCAAGGUGGACGUCCAUGCUUUUUGGAUCUCAAUACAAAGUUCUCCCCCUCUCUUGUGGAGAUCUAUUCGAUGUAAUCUUCUUUUGCGGUGUGUUUCAAGAGAAGAAACCAUCGGUCUCAAUACCUAAUAUUAAAGGACGGAUUGUUUCUCCACCUUUUUUCGUCCAAUUAUUCUUUUUCGUACGUUUUUUCGUCCAAUUAUUCUUUUCCGUACGUGUCAGUUUUACUCCGCUCAAACCUGACAAAAAAAAUUGGGUGGACUCCAGAAAUAGAUCCUUGGUGUAUUGGCUGGAGACUCACCACAACAACCAACUAACCUACGACACGAUUGUUGCACACAAUAAGAACUUCGUGGUAUUGACUCCGUCCCACCCGCGCGCCUAUCGGGCCAGCCCAUAACCGGGGAAGGACGCCCCCUAUU